UGAACAGAUUUAUAUAUGCAUAAUAUCAUUUAUUUAGGUUAUUUUAAGGACUUUAUUUUUCCCCAAGUAAAUAAAUGUAUUUGGCGAUACAUCGAUUAUUCCCGAAAAUAACAAACCGAAUGGUUGUUUCUAAUGAGAGAGUGGUUGUUUUUGCGUAUUUCCAUCUUGAUGAUAAAUAAUAGUUGCGGCUGUCUGAGUACAUUUAAAGCAAAAGAUUAAAAAAUGAGUAAAAAAUAGUAACGUGUGAGCAAAUGAAAACACUACUUGUUGAAAAGAUUCUGCCUUCUGCAGAAAAAAAACAGUAGAAGGGUUUUAAAAAUAACGGAGUCGUCUGAGAGUACAGAAAAAAAGUAUAGUUUGAAUUAGUACAGUCCUAACACUGCAUAAACAACCAACAAAGUACAUCCGUGAUCUAGUAUUUAGCAUGUCGUGUAUUCUGCGAAAUGUUUACAAAAGUAGCGCCAUCUUUCUAUAUAGUCAUAUAAGUAUAAAUCUGACUCCGAUCAUAUAGUACCUGCAUACCGUGUCUAUUGAAAUUAAGUUAAAAGUUAAAAAUAUAUGUAAGAGUGUAAUAUGAAUCAGGACUUAAUAGCUUUUAGAGUUUUAGCGUUUCGUGUAGUUUAGAUAUAAAUCAGUUGUCAAUAAUGUUUACCUGUUUUUAAUCCUUUUAGGUUGUCAUAUAAAUCAGUUUAUUAUUAUCCAUCCACAGACUUUCAAACUUGCUUAUCCAAUUCUGUAUAAUAGGGAACGUAUGACCGUUCUAGUACAACGGGGCACAAGAUGAGAACCAACCCCUGGGUAAUGUGCACGUCCACGGGGUACCUCAUACUUGAAACCCACUUUCAGUAAUAGUAAGCUACUUCAGUGUCAUCAGUGAAAACUAAACUGCGUAUGUUUGGCUGUGGGGAAAAUAAACCGUCACGUACAGAAGCAGGACAUCACCUUUGUAAAAAUAUUAUUUAUUUCAUUAACGUUACUCUAAUUCUUUUUUUCAUGCUUAAAAUCCUGCGGUUUAAAAAUUGAUUAUACAUCUUUCAUAGAGAAUUUUAAUGAUUCUUGUGUCAUUUUGUGUGAAACGGUUUGAUAGCAUUUAAUUUUAAUUGUGUUAAUGUGCGCAUUACUUUUUAUGUGUAAGAUUAAGGUGUUUGAUCUCUGGUCUCCUAGGGAAAUUCUGUUGAUUUCUUAACACUGUCUAUAAUCAGUAUGAUCACAAGUAAAUUUACCCCGUUUUUUUUUUUUUUACCUUUUCAACUGCCAUAUGAUCACACGCAUGAGGGGCAUGUAUCAGGUGCUAGGCAUGCUGUGAUUGACAAGUAAUUGAGUAUUGAAAAUUUGCCUUUCGAACUUCAAAGGAAUUUUCAGCUCAUGAGAGAUUUAGACCAGAGAACAGAAGACUUGAAAAGUGAAAUUGAUUCUUUGGCAACUGAAUACACUACAAAUGCUCGAACCCUGUCCUCGGAGCAAAAACUUUCCCUAUUGCGACAAAUUCAGGAGGCAUAUGCCAAAUGCAAGGAAUUUGGUGAUGACAAAGUCCAGCUGGCCAUGCAAACUUAUGAGAUGGUUGACAAACACAUCCGUCGACUGGACACAGACCUUGCACGAUUUGAAGCUGACCUGAAGGAAAAGCAGAUUGAAUCAAGUGAUUAUGAUUCUUCCUCAAGUAAAGGCAAAAAGACAGGGAAGAAAUGCUCCGAGGUGUACUGUGGUGGUGAUCUUGUGGGGGCUGCUGUACCAGCAGAGGCCAGAGGUCAAAAGGAGAAGAAAGUGGCCCGGACACGGUCAAAAAUCAAGAAUUCAGAUGAAGACAGCAGUCCAAAAAAUGGACAAAAGAAGUUGAAGCUGGUUCAUACAACUGAGUACAGUGCUCCUGCUGUGAAUUUUGGAACAGUUCAUCCUUCAGAUGUGUUAGAUAUGCCAGUGGAUCCUAAUGAACCAACAUACUGUCUGUGUCAUCAAGUGUCCUAUGGAGAGAUGAUUGGCUGUGACAACCCUGAUUGCUCCAUUGAAUGGUUCCACUUUGCUUGUGUUGGAUUAACCACUAAACCACGAGGCAAAUGGUAUUGUCCCCGGUGUUCACAGGAACGCAAGAAGAAAUAGACCAACAGGGGGUCUACAUUCAACGCAUGGGUUAUUCAUCACUAUGUACUGUGAUAAUCGUACUAAAGAAUGAGCCACACAUUUUGUAACUGGCUUAGGAAUUGAAGCAUGGGCCCCUAACUGUUUGACUGUUUAGGCUUCUGGCCAAGUAAUGAUGCUUAUUUUCUACACAUCAUUAUUAGGUUUUCCUGAUUUAGACUGAAGUAGCAUAAAGUGUCCUACUAAAGCACUAAACAUUCAACCUGAGCUAGAGGCUGGAGUUACAAUGUGCUGAAAGUAAAAUCUGAACCUCUCCGGGUUCAGGAAGAAAUCCAACCUUUGGCACAGAGGUAAAAAGAAUUUUCUUAAAUGGUGUUUAUCGAUUUUUCUUUAUUGACAAUAAGAUACAGUACUUCCUGACUUAAUUUUUAUCAAGCGAUGCUGCAUUUUCAUCUCAGUGGGAAGCAUUAAGUAGUAUUAAAUGUCAGCUGUUCCCCUAUAUUGUUAGCAGUCUUGGGGAUUUUGGAGUUGCACACUGCGCGCUGCAAGCCCUUUUGAGUUCUGUUUCAAGACAGUGGCUUUGGGGGGUUGUUGCCCCUUUUGUACAGCAUUAAUUCUAAACUGUCUUAUCUUAUGUGCAGCUUACCGUCAAUCAGACUCCUAAUAACCCCACAAUUAUAUUGAUGUCCUCGAAUUAUUACAAGCUAUACUGUAACAAAAUAUUUUACUAAAAAUGGCCUAAUGCAUGAUUUGGGCACAUUUAUCCAUUCACCAGCAGUAGAAUAAUGAAUUUAGAGGGAGAGAAGACAAAGGUAAACUGUAUAUUUUGUGAGAAAAUGGUUCUGGUAUCCUUGUUAGUUAGAACAGUUUACCUGAUAUCAUGUUGACUCUACAUAAACUUUUUAUAUGGUGUGGAUGUAAUUCAGCUCGAGGCUACAGCAAGCCCUGCCCUGGAACCAAAGGGUUUCUGGAGUCAACUCCAUUUUACUCAAACACUGUAAGGUGCAUCCAAUUUAUGUGCAAGUAUUAUUUGGAAUAUUCUUUUUUUUAUGUGUAUUCUUAUUUGACUCAGUUGGUGCUUAAACAUUUCAGUUUACUGUCUUUUUAAACAAUGUACAAUGCUAACACACUUUUGUAAAAAUAAACUAAUAAAACAGUAAAAAUACUAA